GAGCUUAAACAAUUGAGAUUCUCCCCCAGACACGCAAGUAAAACUGCAACAUCUGAACGGUGUGGACGUUAAUGGUGUAUUCAUUGUUUACAUGAGUUUAAAUAGCUUACUAACGACGUUUUUUACAACUAUUAUAACUCAUUCAUCAUUGAUUAUAAAGCAAGAUGUUUGGCUUCCACAAGCCCAAGAUGUACCGGAGCCUAGACGGUUGCUGUAUCUGUCGGGCCAAGUCCUCCAGCUCCCGCUUCACCGACAGCAAGCGCUACGAGAGGGACUUUCCCAGCUGCUUCGGGCUGAGUGAGGUGCGUUUUGGGGAGAUCUGUAAUGCCUGUGUUCUCCUGGUGAAAAGGUGGAAGAAACUCCCAGCCGGAUCCAUAAAGAACUGGAAUCAUGUUGUCGACGCUAAAGGUUCAGGGUCAAGCUGGAAGACAGUGAGGUCCAAGAAGAUGAAGAGAGCCAGGCCAAGCCAGAUCAGCCGAGUGCAGAAGGAGCUCAAGCGACACAACUCUGACGCCCACAGCACCACCUCCAGUGCCUCCCCCGCCCAUUCUCCCAGCUACAGCAACCAAUCAGACGAGGGCUCGGACGUGGAACUCUCACCAGGUGCCACCCACUCGCCAGUCUUCUCUUUCCUGGACCUCACCUACUGGAAAAGGCAGAAAGUGUGCUGUGGCAUCAUCUACAAGGGACGCUUCGGAGAGGUACUCUUAGACCCCCACCUCUACAAGCCCUGCUGCCAGAAGAAACAGCAGCACCAGCCAAAAGAGGAAGGAGAGGAGGAAGCACAGGCGAGCAGAGUGAAUGUGAUGCGCCACGCCCCACCGAACAGCUCCCCGCCCCCCCGGGUUAAAGAAGAUUAGGGGAGGGGAAGGAAGAGUGGGGAUUUGAUGUCAUAAUGACACUCUACAGAAGUCUGAUGGAGACCGUUGGGAUUUUAUGGCGUCCUGGAGCGCUCUCAAGACAGUCUACUGGGAUUGCUUUCUAUUCCGGAGCAGCUGGACUACUUAUCAAAUGUUGUGUUCUGUACCAGGAUGCAGUGAGGUUUGUUCUAUUAUAUCUGUUAACAAAUAUCGAUUCUUUCUCUCUGAGUGCUAUGAGAUUGUGAAUAUUCACAAUUUGGUUUCAAUAUGAAAUUUUGGAUUCACAAAAGCUGUAUGAGAAAUGGCGACCUCUGGAACUGCACCUUUUGUAGUAGGAUAGAGCCAUAUCCAUUAGGAUAGAGAACAGCCAUCCACACUCUGCCUUCUCCUGUCCUGUACCUCACACAUAUGUGCGUGCAAACACACACAUCGGCCCUGGUCACUUUCUGAAAGGAAGUAUUCUCUUUUUACAUGUUUUAAAAUUUCCCUUACGCCACAUGGUCACUGAUCGGACACCUAUUAUUGUUAGGGUAAAUUUCCCUUACGCCACAUGGUCACUGAUCGGACACCUAUUAUUGUUAGGGUAAAUUUCCCUUACGCCACAUGGUCACUGAUCGGACACCUAUUAUUGUUAG